UGUCAGCUGACAGCUCAUAGUCCAGAUGUAAACAAUUUUCUCAGUUCUGUCUGUACGUACAAUGACCGUCCAUGUCAACGAAAAUGAACAAUUAUAAUUUUACUCGAGUACUUUUUAUCAUUCUUGGAAUUAAAUUGGCCCACUGUGUAAAUAGAACGAUUCAUACUGCAUUGAAUCCGGGCUGUGGUUCCAUAUGCGUAGAAAAGAAUCUUACCACGGCUUAUAUAUUUUGUGAAGGCCCCAAUGAUACCUUACAUUACAUCUGGGACUUUACUGGCAAACCAUCCGUCCUCUUUGCUGUAACCUCACCAACAGCCCAGCUACAAAUCGACUGGGAAAUGUUUCUUUGGGGCAAAGAGAGUUCUGUCAAGUUCUCUGAGCCUGCAAAAUAUUCGUUUGGACUAGUUGUCGACAAGAUCUAUGAGUUCAAUGACCUUGAUGACACAGGUCUCAUCAAUACUGUAAAUCAUGAGAACAUCAAUGUUCUGCAUACGAAACGAUUUAGAUGGGAUCUCAAAUCUCACGCCCAAAAUGAUAAGUACUAUGAACUCAGUAUGGAAGGUACAAAUUAUAAAUCUGGGAAUAUAACGAGGAGCGGUAGUAUUAAAUUUCUGCUGAAUAGAUUCUGGACACUUGAUCAUUCGGAUAUAUUGCCACAUAUACUACAUUCUGAAAAUGCAACGCAGAUUGAUGUCAUCAUAGAAAACUUCCAAACCAACUCAUCAUUUGAAAAUAGUCGAUUUGCUGUAGAAUUACUAAUCAUAGGUGAUCACAGUGUCAACUCCAGUAUGAAUAUUAAUGUAAAGCAAACCCUGGAUGACGAACAUACGCCUGGCAUAUUUGAGAUGGUGGAAAUCAGAAUGCCACUUCGGAGUGUGCUUGGUGACUGCGAUACAUGCAAUAAUCAAAUGGAAGGAGGAUAUUUACAAUGGAGACCUGUUUCGUAUACAGCUGCUGAUCGUGAUGUUACGAGUUCCACGAAAGCGCAAUACUAUGCUCUAGUACAUGUCGAUAAUCAUGUCCAGAGUGCAAAUAAUUCAUUGUUGUACUCGUUUUAUGGAUACACCGUUGAUAAAAUACUUCUCGAAAAAAUCAACAUAUCUCUUGGCAGUAAGGGCGACGGGUUUUAUAAAAAGGGAAAUUAUUCUAGUUGGACUUUCACGAUGGGCUAUGGAACUGCUCCUGACGAACAGUUUUCAUUCCUGGUAAUAAUGAUCAUUUCAAUUGGAUUGGGUCUUCCGGCAAUCAUCGUCGUCGCUGCUGGAUUGUACAUGUGCGCACGCAGACGUCAUAAGAAAAAAGAUUCGUUGUCAUUAAACAGUUAGGCUUUAUUUUAUUCGUAUGUAAUUAUUUUUCAUGUAAUUUCAUUACCUGUUGGUCAUCCUUAAGUAACGAGAUUUCAGAUAUUACAGGUACAUUACGUGUUCAACAAACUUUGGAUACGUAUUUUGAAACAUUACUGUGAUUUUUUUUAAGGUAGUUCUAAUUCAUUGUGAAUUUGUUUCAAUUUCUUCAAUUUAUGGAUGCGACAUGACUGUUCGAAUAUACUCGUGACCAUUCACAUUUGUCUUUCACCUUGGUAUGAAGAAAACAAAAAAAAAACUGCGUAACUGAAAAUUGAUCUUGUGGCCCUGGUAUCCAAUCGCAAAAAUAGUCCCUGGUGAUUUUGGGGCGUAUGGGAUUAAAAUUAUACUCCUUCUUUCGUUAAAGUUCACUCUAUUCAUAUUUAUCUAAAAUUGGUAAGAUUACUCUGCAGUAAAUGAAGUGUUUUUUUUCCACAGUUUUAGAGACAAAUCGAUACUCAUGUAUUGUAGAUUAGCAUCAUGUAGUCAAAUUCCAGAGUUGCUAUGGAUCCGAAAUGCGGAUGCAAAUGGUAUAUUUUUGUAGUGGUUUUUUAUUGCAAAACAAUAAGAUUUGAUUAUGUUCUGGAAAAUCGAUUUCAUUGUGAUGGACAAGCUAAUCGAAUAGCUUUAAAAAUUGAAAAAGUCGAAUUCCGUUAGUUAGUAUUCGGUGAACAAGAUUACAUAACUGACUGAUUAUCUUUGACUCUCGAAAUUCCAAUACCUAUUUACGAUGGCUGUAUUGUUUUAUUCUUAGUUUAAAAUUGACAUUAUACCUUACGAUCUGUGCCUUUGUCGUCAAAUAAUUGUUGUAAACAAAGUGAUUUUCUGCCACAAUGUACUAGCACUUAUAUUUUCAAUAUAAUUAUUUUUAAAACA